GUUGGGAGGUUCUCAGGUUGCCCCGGGAUCGUUCAUCCCAGUGGGUGAUUGGAAAAAUUAGCGGGUAGAAGACUUGAGGGGAGGGUGCAGGCAUUUAUUUCCUUGGCCCCGCCCCCUUUCUGUUCGGUUUCUUGGGCGUUUGGCCCUCGGAGGGGGAAGGGAAGCUUGGCGGGGCUGCCUAAGAGCGGUCUGCGCACGCGCGAACCCGAGUGUGCGAGUGUGUGCACGCGCAUGCGUGCGCGCUCCUGCGUGUAGAAAGCCUGGGGAGGAUCGGUGUGCUAGGAGAUGAGCGGGGAAAGCGUAGUCCCCAGUCUGUGGCAGCAGACACUCCUGACUGUGCGCUGACUCUCCCCUCCCAGCCAGCAGCCUUUCCCGAGAGGCUGUGGUUAAUAGCCUCUGCUCGUUUUCACUACAGGACCAGGCACGAAAGUUAAAAGAAAAUGAAGAUUUUUUCUGAGUCUCAUAAAACGGUGUUUGUCGUGGAUCACUGCCCUUACAUGGCAGAAUCAUGCAGACAACAUGUGGAGUUUGAUAUGCUGGUGAAGAAUAGAACCCAAGGAAUCAUCCCUUUGGCCCCCAUAUCUAAAUCAUUGUGGACUUGCUCAGUCGAAUCUUCCAUGGAAUAUUGUAGAAUAAUGUAUGAUAUAUUUCCUUUCAAAAAGCUGGUGAAUUUCAUUGUGAGUGACUCUGGAGCACAUGUUUUAAAUUCUUGGACUCAAGAAGAUCAGAAUUUGCAGGAGCUAAUGGCAGCAUUAGCUGCUGUUGGGCCUCCAAAUCCUCGGGCAGAUCCAGAGUGUUGCAGUAUUCUGCAUGGUCUUGUUGCAGCAGUGGAAACCCUCUGCAAAAUUACCGAAUACCAACAUGAGGCUCGUACUCUACUCAUGGAGAAUGCAGAACGUGUUGGAAAUAGAGGACGAAUAAUCUGUAUUACUAAUGCAAAAAGUGAUAGUCAUGUACGAAUGCUUGAAGACUGUGUCCAAGAAACUAUUCAUGAGCAUAACAAACUUGCUGCAAAUUCAGAUCAUCUCAUGCAGAUUCAAAAAUGUGAGUUGGUCUUAAUCCAUACCUACCCAGUUGGUGAGGACAGCCUUGUAUCUGAUCGUCCUAAAAAAGAGCUGUCUCUCGUGUUAACCAGCGAAGUUCACAGUGUUCGUGCAGGUCGGCAUCUUGCCACCAAAUUGAAUAUUUUAGUACAACAACAUUUUGACUUGGCUUCAACUACUAUUACAAAUAUUCCAAUGAAGGAAGAACAACAUGCUAACACAUCUGCCAAUUAUGAUGUGGAGUUACUUCAUCACAAAGAUGCACAUGUAGAUUUCUUGAAAAGUGGUGACACCCACUUAGGUGGUAGCAGUAGAGAAGGCCCGUUUAAAGAAACGAUAACAUUAAAGUGGUGCACACCAAGGACAAAUAACAUUGUGUUUUCUUCUAUUUCAGAACUACACUAUUGUACUGGAGCUUACCGAAUUUCACCUGUAGAUGUAAAUAGUAGACCUUCCUCCUGCCUUACUAAUUUUCUUCUGAAUGGUCGUUCUGUUUUAUUGGAACAGCCACGAAAGUCAGGUUCCAAAGUUAUUAGUCAUAUGCUUAGUAGCCAUGGAGGAGAGAUUUUUUUGCACGUCCUUAGUAGUUCUCGAUCCAUUCUAGAAGAUCCACCUUCAAUUAGUGAAGGAUGUGGAGGAAGAGUUACAGACUACCGGAUUACAGAUUUUGGUGAAUUUAUGAGGGAAAACAGAUUAACUCCUUUUCUAGACCCCAGAUAUAAAAUCGAUGGAAGUCUUGAGGUCCCUUUGGAACGAGCAAAAGAUCAGUUAGAAAAACAUACCCGGUACUGGCCUAUGAUUAUUUCACAAACCACCAUUUUCAACAUGCAGGCGGUAGUUCCAUUAGCCAGUGUUAUUGUGAAAGAAUCCUUAACAGAAGAAGAUGUGUUAAACUGUCAAAAAACAAUAUACAACUUAGUUGAUAUGGAAAGGAAAAAUGAUCCUCUACCUAUUUCCACAGUUGGUACAAGAGGAAAGGGCCCUAAAAGAGAUGAACAAUACCGUAUCAUGUGGAAUGAAUUAGAAACACUUGUUAGAGCGCAUAUCAACAAUUCAGAGAAACAUCAAAGAGUACUGGAGUGUUUGAUGGCAUGUAGAAGCAAACCCCCAGAAGAAGAAGAACGAAAGAAACGGGGGAGGAAAAGGGAAGACAAAGAGGACAAGUCAGAGAAAGCAGUUAAAGAUUAUGAACAGGAAAAAUCUUGGCAGGAUUCAGAAAGAUUAAAAGGAAUCUUAGAGCGUGGAAAAGAAGAGUUGGCGGAAGCCGAGAUUAUAAAAGAUUCACCUGAUUCUCCAGAGCCUCCAAACAAGAAGCCACUUGUUGAAAUGGAUGAAACUCCACAGGUAGAAAAAUCAAAAGGGCCAGUAUCCUUAUUAUCCUUGUGGAGUAAUAGAAUCAAUACUGCCAAUUCCAGAAAGCAUCAGGAGUUUGCCGGACGUUUGAACUCUGUUAAUAAUAGAGCUGAGUUAUAUCAACAUCUUAAAGAAGAAAAUGGAAUGGAGACCACAGAAAAUGGAAAAGCCAGCCGACAGUGAAGAGUGACUUGAGGAACUAAAUUUCAUAUAUUGCAUAAAUAUUUUGGGUGGAAUUUGAUAUAAGUACUUUUACAGCAAGAUUGUACAGUUAUGUUGCCUGGACUGGUUUUUACAUUUUUAAAAUAUUUCAACUAUUUUUU